AUGCCAAUGCAUACUGGUGGAACCUAUGGAUCCGCUUACGGAAGUGGAUUGAGCGGAGGCAUUGGCGGCGGCCUCUCCUCUGGCUCCUACGAUGAUCUGCACAAGUACGGCGGCAUCGGGAAGAAGGCGCACACUUCGUCACUGUACGACCAUGGAUCGAAGGGCCUGAACAAGUAUAAUAACCAGCACUCUUCGGACAAUACCGGCAGCUCAAAGGGCAAUCACGCCAACUACCACGGCGGGCACGUGUACACGCGAAACCGCGGCUACGGCUACGAGAAGAGCUACAUGUACGACAAGGAGUUCUCCACGGCAAAGUCGGGCGGCAGCAAGGGCGGCCACCACUCCUACUACGGCGACCACAAGAAGGGCGGCCAGUCGAGUGUGAAGGCCUUCAAGAACUACGGCGGAAAGAAGUACGGCGCGAAGAAAGGUCACGAUGAGCACGCCUACGGCAAGUACGGCCACCUGAUGGACGACCACGGGGAGCACUACCUGAAGGCGAAGGCGGGCCUGGGAAAGGUGGCGCUGAUGCCUCAUCUGGAGCACUCAUCCUACUCCUCAGGUGAUCAUGGANACUACCUGAAGGCGAAGGCGGGCCUGGGAAAGGUGGCGCUGAUGCCUCAUCUGGAGCACUCAUCCUACUCCUCAGGUGAUCAUGGAGGAGGAGGGUACAUGGGCGGCCACAAUGAGUACAUGCCGGUGAUUGAGUCCUAUGGUGGCGCCCUGGGUCACGGAGGAGUUGGUGGUGGUGGCCACCUGCCCUCCCUUGGCUACGACCACGACGGCUCCAUGAUGGACACCUAUGACACCCAGCCGAAUCCCAGUGUGGUCUACCCUGGUGGUCAAACGAGUAGAAACGGUGGUGGAAGCAGUGCUGAGCAGGUCGAUGAGGUGGAGCCUCCUCCACCGAUGGGCAAGCACAUCAGCAUCUCCUCCACCUCAUCGCCCAUCAUGAACUCCAACAGUUCGCCGCUUAUCUCCACCAAGAUGGGCUCUGCAGCCUCAUCCUUGGGCACGCCCCCAAUGUACGCCACCAUUGGCAGCGCUUUCAACCAUCAUGGAGCGUCUCGAGGUGGUGGUGGUGGUGGUGGUCUGGUGAACAGCGCCGUACACGCCACUCCGGCGGUCAUUAGCACCAGCAGCGGGGCGCACUACUACAACAGCUGA